GUCCACUGGAGGGGGAAGGGAACAGAGAUGGGAUGUGAGCCGGGCUGGAAGGGCGAUCCCAGCAAGGACAGCUGGCCUGAAGCUGCCUGCCAGCAGCAUGGGAAUGUAAUCUUGGGGUCAGGGAGGCUGCUCCUUCAGCCCCGCAGAGGCUGUGGGCAGCCAGGCCAUCCCAGGGCUGCAUGCAUGGGGGACAGCAUGGGGCAAGACAGGUUAGCAGUGAGCCCAGGGCUCCAGGCUGGCACUGCCAACACACCGAGAGCUUCUCUUACCUGACAGCAAACGACUUGGAAAGCAGGUUGUGGAAAGAAAGAGAGAGAGAGAGCAUUUACCAAGGGAAUGGCAAGGGGAAGGCCUGUCCCUUCCACACUGCCAGGUGGGUGUGCUGCCAACCCUCUGCCUGGACCUGCCACGCUACCUUGUGGAAAUGGGAGUCAUGUGGUGUCAUGUCACUCAGGCCCUGGCAAAGCUGCAGGGGCUGCAGUGGGGGCACCCACAGCCUGGGCUCUGCACUGGCCACCCCACCAAGGCUCCCUCAGCCCAGCCCAGCCCAGACUGGGUCUGUGUGGUGGGUGGCAGUGGGUACUUUCUGGGGACCCAGUGGGUUUCUGCAGUCACACCCCACCUCUGAGCUACACUGUUUUCUCCCCCAUGUCUUCUCAGCAGGACUCCUUGAAGCAGUGGGUGCUGCCCCCAGGAGUGCCAGCUUGGACCCCCCAUGGCUGCCCCCAUGCCAGUGUGGCUCUCCAUGUGAUGGCUCCAGCCAGCUGCUGGGUAAGCCUGGUGCUGCCAGGGUCUCAGUGCCCACCAGCAUCCUGUGCCCAACUCCACCUCUGCAUCCCAGGAGCAUGUACUGGGACAGAGCCAACCACCUUCACAUCCCAUGGAGACAGACACAGAGGAAGGGUUCCCAGCACUGCUUCCAACUCCAUGGGGGCCAGACUCUUACAGGGACCCCCGACUCACUGCAGACCCUUUCCUCUGCAGUCUGUGGCCCCACAGUCCUGCUGAACAGCAAGCUCCCUGUCUGCACCCACAGCAUCUACCAGUCCUGGAGUUCAUCUUACAGCUACUAUUGCACCAAAGGAGCAACACAGCAGUGCCUGAGUAGCCUCUCCUCCAGCCUGGACACCAGCCCCCAGAAGCGUGAGCAGCCUGACAACCUCUUGUAGAGCAUCUGCUCCUCCUCUGACUCCUCAGAUGACCCCUAGGCCCCUGAGAGGGACAGGCUGGCCAGCAGCAGAGCCAGCAUCAUGGUCCAGGACAUCCUCACCACUUCCCAGUGGCAGACAGUGCUCCAGCGUGGCUACCAGUGCAUGUUGUGUUGCCGCAUCUUCCCCACAUUGUGGUUGGUCAAGACCAAGAUCCAGCACAGCUCCCAGGAGGGCUACAGCUGCAAUGGGUUCUACUGCAGGCUCAAUGCCCUGGGGAAGCAGGAGCUCAAGGCUCAGGAGGCUGCAGCCUCCAGGCUGUCCAUGUAGCCCCACCAGCCAAGCAGCCACCACGGGAGGGCACUGCUCCAUCGCUCCUGCCAGCGGCAGAAUAAAUUCUUUUAGGAUCAGCCAGCCCUGCCUCUGUGCUGCUCUUCCUACGCAACACUGCCAUCCUUUGAGAGGCUCUUCCCUACUUUUCCUUCCCCAGCAGACAAAAAUCUCCUGAGCUCCUAAAAGUGCUGCUUAGCAUUUCUGCACCUCUGUGGGGAGCUCUGCAGAUGUCAGGAACCCACUGGCACCAUCAAGCUGUUGGGUCAGCCCUAAGACAAGCUUGCGCUGUGCAGUGGCUGAAGGGGAAGACUGAAACCCUUCUACUCCCAGAGGUAUUCAGAGCACCUUACUCUCAUGGGUAGCCUGUGGCUGGCACCACAACAGGGGUCCCACAGGGGAGUACGCUUAGGUUGGAGGGGGUCUGUGCAAGGCCAGAGGAUGUCGCUGCUGGUGCUGGCAACCAGCAUGGAGGGGGAAGGAAGUACAGAAAGAGAGAGAGUCAGUGAGAAGAAAGAGACAACAGAAAGCCUUGAGAAAUAGAAAGAUUUAUUUAGCAAAAGCCAGUUGACUAAUGACAACACCCAAGGGUUAAGUGCACUUACAUUGACAGAUUGGUUUCCCAGAUAGAGUCAACAGUUAGUAAUAUGACAGUUGUAGGAAAAGAAAGGACAAAAAAUAUAGCUAUAAAUCCCCUGUCAAGGUCCAUAAUAAAAGUGAGAGGCUAGAGAGGCGUCUUGGAGGCAGUGCUGACUUAGGAGGAGGGUCAUUUAUACAUGUACACCUGUGGUGCGGCAUGGUGCUGGCAGGUCCCACCCAGCUCCGGCAUCACCCCAUCAGCCUGCGGGGCACCUGCCACUGUCCCCUGCGGGCAGAGUGCCAGGCAGGAGCCCAAACCCACAGCUGGUCCUGAAGCUCCUCAAGGGACACUGCCUGUGUGUGUGGAGCAGGAAUGGACCGGAGCGGUGUCUCAGGAGAUGGCUCCUCCCUGCCUGCUUUCUGAGGCAGCCCAGCCUGGAAGAGACCUCUGUCCUACUGCUGCUCCUCCCAGGCUCUCCCUUCAUCUGCCCUGUGUGUACAGCUGAGCUCCUGCUGUCCCCUCUGCUGAACAAUCUGUCUGCCCACGUGGAAAUCCCUCUCCAAGCUCACCCAUGCAUCCCUACCCUAUCUGCACCAUGUCCUGUGUGUGCUGCCAUACCCACUUCUUCCUCCUAGCUGGACCAGCCUCCCACCCCAUGCUUUCACCUCCAACUGCUGCAAGCUGGCAGUGGGAUGCUGGGGUUCCCAGCAGAGGGGCUAGCACACUGCUGUGCCCACAGCGGUAUGGGACAGGGCACAUGGAGGUAGUGGUGGCCAGACAACAGGAGCACCCAUGUACCAAACAACACCCUCUCUCACUCUGCCCCCUCUGUGGCUGGUGCAGGGGCUCCCCUGGACACUAGGGCACUGCUGGGGACACUAAAACAUGUCCUUCCUUCCUUUCCACUGGGACUCUCUAGCUCCUCACAUCAUCCAGCCCUGUCUCGUGGCAGAGGGUACAUAGCACAGCUCAUACUGACCCCGGGGGUCUCAUCCACACCUCACUCCUCAGCAGCCCUCAGUCCCAGGGGGACCGGGGCAGAAAGAAGUGAUAGACCUUCCUCAGCAGCCAGGCUAAGCCCUGGAGGAGAGCAAGAGCUGGUGUCAGCCAGGGGUUAGUUGCAGGCAGAUAGAGCAGAGACAGAGCUGGCAAAGGCGAGAGCAGCAGGGAAGCAACAAAGCAAAGCAAAGCAGGAUAGGAGGGAGGAUGGGGGAAAGACAACUGUGCCAAUCCCCACCUCAUUGAGUGCUUCCACAAGGAGCAGGGCGGACAUCAGGACUCUGGUUCAUACCCCUUCAGUCAUGGCCUCUUAGAGGCUGUAGGACCAGGCAGGUGAUAAAAGUGCUUGCAGAAAAGAAACAAGCUCUGGGUCCCUUGGAGGCCCCCACAGAUGGCUCUCAGCCAAGAGCAUCCUGGGGGCUGGUGGGGGAUCCUGAGAUCUUGGAUUCACUUUUCUGGAGGGUGUAAACCAUAGAUGUGACAGAGCCCCUCUGCAGACACCAGCAAUUCACUCCCCACUGAGGAGUGGAAGUGUGCUCAUCCCUGCAGAUACCAAUGCCAGCACUGCAGGCCCCAGCCCUGGUCUGGAGGAAGACAACUGCUUGGAAAUGGGAGGGUUUGUCUAUAAAGCAAAGCAAGGAGUUUGUGGUGACGGGGGUGCAAGGAAGUGCUUGAAAAAGUGGCUUGAGAGCACCAAAAAGGCUUUGAAACCUGGCAGGUGUGCCAAAGAGCCAAAGGACUAGAUGAUGUCGGGGAGGACACUCCAUAGCCCAGUGCUGCAUUCCUGGCUCCCUGCUCCACACUGAGCUGUGCCAUCUUCUCUGCCCCACAGCCUGGGAAAGGAGUGGCUGUGCCUGCAUGCCCUCCACCUGCCUCAGGCAGGGACAAACUCUGUCCUAGAAGUGCCACAUCACCCUGCAGGAACUGUCUGCACCUGGCCAGCCUGCACAACCUCAUCUUACCCCAUCAACUCCUUUCCAGGCUCGUCCCCAUUGUCCCUCUAUGCCUCACCUCUCACUCACAGACCCACUACAACAGUGCACUGUCACCAACCCUAACGUAGCAUGACCCUUGUCUUCCACCCUGCCCACAAUACAGAGAGCCAGACCACCUGCCAGCCACUCUGUCCUUGCUCACCACCCCAGCAUUCCCCCCUUGGUCCCUCUUGUCCCUGCUCCCUGCCCUGCAUCUCCUCUCUUGUUCCCUCCGAAAAAUCCUUCCUCUCCUUUACUGCUUCCCCAGCAGCAGGAGGGGCUAAUCCAGCAGGGAGUCCCUUUGCUUCUGCCCCACCUUGACACACAGUUUGUGGGGGGGUGAGAGCCAGGGGGGAGCACAAGGAGCUGUCAGCUCGCUGUCAGCUGAGAAGCAGGGAUGCUCCAGCUCAGCACACAAGCCCAUGCACGCUGGAGCACAGCACGCCCAGCACACUCCCUCAGCACGACUCCACCUAACCCCUGCAUAUCUCCUGACUGGGUGCUGGAAGCCUCACACUCCCCCCUCCACCCCGCUCCCUCCGGGCUGUCCCAUCCCUACCAGGGCCACUGGGCUAUGGCCCGGGUCUGUCCCAGCUCUGGCAGGUCCUGGCUGCUCCGCACCACCUCCUGCUGACCCCCCCUACACCGCGAUCUCGUCCUCCAGGCUAUCACCCAGGUCCUGCCUGGGCUGGACGUGGAGCAGGCGUGGUGGUUCCUCCUGGGACCAGGAGUCACGCUCCUCACUCUCGUCCGUGUUGGACUCGUACUCGGAGGCGAUGCCCGACUCGCGGAACUUGAUGAGCUCCAGGCUGCCCAGCGGUGGCUCUGGGGCAGGUGGCCCCGAGUCCGGCAGAAAGCGGUAGCACUCCAGCUUCACCAGACAGUCGUUCCUACCUAUGGGACUGCCCAGGGUGCUGGGGAAAGCUGAGCUGGGGCCCAGCGGCGGCGGGUGGGUGUCCUCGGGCUGCGGGGUGAUCGGGUCGCAGAGGACAGGGAGGACGUUGGAGCGGAAGGUGAUCUCCAGCAGACUGUCCUGGGAGCCUGCUGCAAGAGAAGGGCAUGGCUGAGAGGCCUAGCUUGCCUGGGCGUCCCCUGGCUACCAUGGCUGGCUGCACACUGCCCAGAGGAGGACAGGCUGGGGCCACUUGGCUACCAACCUCCCUACUGCCACUGUUGAGAGGGGCUUAUUUGGUGUUACUGCUGCUGACCAACAAAGAGCCAGUUCUGCAGGACAAAACGUUUAACUGUCUCCUACCCCAGCUCCUGCAGGGAGCUGAUGGCCACAUCUGCUGGAGAGGAAAGUCAAGAAGGGGCUCUUGGGCAGGUAUGGAGCUGGCCUAGAGCAUGCAGCCACUGGGGAAAGCAGACACACAGCUGAUGGAGAUAGGUAAGUACCUGUCCAUACAGCCCUCCCCAAGCCCCAUCCCACACGGCAUGCAAGCACCCUGCUGCACAUGCACAAGCCUGGCCAGAAGGGCACAAAUAUCCCUCUAAACAAAACGAAUGGAAACACACAAAAAACCCCAACAGAAACACCCAUGUGCAUGUGCCUCACAGCCGUUGCUAGAAGUGAGGGGAGAAGAAGUGACGGGAGCGCUUACUCGUCGUGUUCCCUGCCAGCUUCAGCUCCAGCUCCUGCACCUGUUUGACCAGGAGCGAGAUGUGCUGCAGCAAGUCCUUGUUCUGGAGCAGGAGCUGGUGCACUCGAGCCUGGGCCUCCAGCCGUGCCGCCGCUUCUGCUGCCAGCUGGUCCUUCAGCAGGUGCACCUGUGGGACAGCCGAGAGGGGGUGAGCGUGGGGAGACGCUGCUCAAGGGUUGAGGGCUUCGACUCUGGCUGCCACCACUCAUCUACCAGGGCUCACCAGCAUCCCACCCAAUGGUGUGAUGAGGCAGCCACUCCUUGCAGGUACAGCAGACGUGAUGGGAAGCGUGCGGGCAGGUGGCAGUGUAAACCAGAGCACACUCAGCACAUGGUCCCCUGGCCUCUCUGAUGGCAAAGCCCAAGGCAAAGGGGGCUGGCACUGACCAAACUAUCAGUCACAGGGGCAAGGGGUGCAAUAAUUUACACUCUGAGCAGGCACCACAGAGCCCUUUUGGAUUGCAGGCAACACUGUACUUGGGCAGAUAUAAAGGAUCCCCCGAGGAUGAAGGUCUCUCUUCCAGAGAGGAAAGCAGCUUUGCAGCCUGUGACCCCAGAUGGCACGUGGGCUCUGGGGCAGCAGCUCAGGCAGAAGCACAAACACUGAUUUACUGAUGCGAGACGAGGAAAGCCAUGGGACAGCACAAAAAGGCUGCUGGAGCCCAUUGCUCGGGCCAGGUCAGGAAGAAAGUUGAGCAGUUGUGAAGAGCUCUGCGAGGGGUCAGUGAACAAGUAAAGCUCAGGUAAUGAGUUGGAUAAAGCAGACAGAGCUGCUUAAAUGAGGAAUAGCUGCAUGGAGAGUAAGCUGCCAGACACACAGCUCAGGCAGCAGUUAUUCAGGGUGAACACUGAGGCCAGGUACUGGCAAACAGGCAGGGGCUGAAAGCCCAAGAAACCUGGUGGCAUGCAGACCUAAGCACCUCAUCUUUCCUGAUGGGGCCAGGGCAAAUUGCCACUCCUCUCCUCUUGCUGCACGUCCCAUCCUCUGAGUCACAGUUUCUCCCACAGUUGCCACCUGAACAUUUCUGCCUGGAGCUCCCCACAGAGCAGCCUGCCUUCAACACUGCCUCCAGGUGCCACUCCCCUUGGUGGCACCAAGGGGUUCAGUGUGCCCCAGCCCUGUUGCCACCCCAGAAAAGAGUGGAGGGGAGAACCUGUGCCACAGCCACUUGUGUCUGCUGCUGCUGCUGCUGCAGGAGCUGCUGGAGAAGCUGCAUCUGAUGGUGGGCAGAGAGGGGUGUUCCCAGGUCAGGCAGCUGGGCAGAUGAGGGCAGCAGCAUCUUGGGCGACGCUGUCAGGAUAUCUUCAGGGUGGAGGCAGCCCUGCAAAACACCAGUGUGGAAAGUGUGAUCCCAUGCCACUCACCUCAGAGAGCCACCUGGCACAUACAGGCUGCGGAAGAGAGCAGCCCCCCAGAAUACCCAGGAAAGAAGCAAAUGCAUUCAAAGCAAAUGCACACUUUGCUGGGGGUUCUGACAAACUUUGAGGACAGUAUUUUCUCAGUUUCGACAACAACCCAAAUACUUCUGAAGAAAAUUCCUGAAAAAGCUGGCGUUUCCAAUGGGAAUUUCCACUGUAUCAAAAAAGUCCUUUAUUUUUGUUUUUUUGGUGGAAAAAAUCCCUAUCAGCUCUGCCCCAAACACUUUCCGUGUGGCUGCACAGAGUUCAGCCUCAUCCCAGCGCUCUCCAGGAGCGCCCUGGGCCCCAAGCCAAAGGGCAGCCCUGCAGUGGCAGAUGGCUUUGAUCUGGGAGCUGGGGAAUGCUGCUGAAUCCCUCCUGAUCCCUGGGCCCUCAGGGGUGCACAUCAGAGCCACGGGGCUGGGGCUGUGCAGUGCCCCAAGAGUGGAGGGCAGGGACCCAGGCACCUUGGCAUAGGCCACCCACCUCCUUGCCCACAGCAUCGAGGUCGGUCACGCCACGGCUGAAGUCCAGGAUGUCAGCUCCGGGCAGCGGCAGCUCCACGGCGUCGAUGUCCGUCUCUUCCGCUGAGGCGGCCGCCCUCUCCACACCGGAGAGGCGGCAGGCUGUGGGAGCAGUGUCAGAGUAGAGCACAGUCUGCUUGGAGCAGGAGCUCGCUGUGGUGCACCCCAAGCAUAGUGAGCAAUGCCCAGGGUCGGUCCCCACCACCCCCCUGCCACCCGCCCUCCAGCUCUGGGGGGACGCAGGUACACAGAGACACAGCUGCUCUUCCUGCUGCUGCUCAGGAUGGGGGUUGCAGCCAAAAACACACCCAGCCCCAGCACACCAAACCUUGGGAACAGCAGCCAAAACCCCUGAGGCUGGACAAAUGGGCCACCAAGAGCAGAAAACACAGAUAAAGAAAGGUAAACAAGAGAUUACG